AUGUUUGGACAGGAUCUAGAUAAGAGUGCAUGCUGGGGGAUGUGGAUGGACAUAGCAAAACUACUCAUAAUGAAUUACACCGGACUAAAUCCGGUGGCGGAGAGAUGGAACUCCUCGUCAAUAGACUUCGCGGAGAUCACCAUGGACCGCAAUUUUGCGCUCUUGCUCGUGUCGCUAAUAUCAUCUAUACUAUGGGUAGUUUAUAUAACUUACUACAAUAGUCGUGUUCUCGGCUACAUACUAACAAGGCUGAUUAACAAAUUUUAUUUCCAAGAUGAAAAUUUUAAAAUUGGUUCAUUUACACUUAAUGCUCUCUCAGGAAAAAUUAUGUUCCGUGACAUUGUUUAUAUUAAUUAUGAUUAUACACUACGUAUUCAAGAUGGCUAUCUGAUAUUCAGAUGGUGGCGUUCAUAUGUUCCCAAAGAUGUUGCUGAAGAUUUAUCUCAUUCAGACACCCGUCUCUCCAUAAUGUUAAAUGGAUUUGAAUUGCAUUUCUACAACCGAUGUGAUAUGUAUGCCGAACUAGAAAAGAUUUUUGGACUUGAUCCUAUUAUCAAACAACAACAUGAUGAGGAUGAUUCCGCCGACCACGACAAAGCAAUGAACGACGCGAACGAAAAACGACGAAGAGCUCAAGAUACUGUACGCUCAGAAGCAGCUAUGGCAAGGACCUGGCGCGACCUCAUUCCCGUCAUAAAAAUCGAUGUUUGCACUGGUCGAGUUGUUUUUGGCAAUCGAUUAGUACCAACAACAUUAUCCAUUAGUGUUGAAGAAGCUCACUUGAUGUACAGCACCAAACCUCCUGCCUCAAGCUUAGAUCAUCUAAUGCAUUUUGUUAAAGCAAAAGCCGAGAAUUGCAAAGUAAUGUUAGCUCCUAGUCCAAAUUACACAGCUAUGGUCGAUGAACCACCAAGAUAUAUGGGAGAAGGAUUUGUUAUUAUGAGUUCUAACUACAUCGAAGUUUACUUUUAUAUGGAUGAGCCAGGCUUAGUUCCAGAACAACCUGUAUUACUUCAGUUAGCCAACGGCGAUAUAGUAGAAUCCGCUCCACCGAUUUGGGGUGUAGAUAUUAAGUGCGGUAAGGGAACAGAUUUCAGCUAUGGACCUUGGGCAGAUCGACAGAGGGAUCAUCUAUUCAAAUUCUUUUUUCCCCCCAACUAUAAAAGCUUAGAAGUAACUCAACAGCCAAAACCAGGAGAUAGAAGACAGAUGCAAUCUUUUGACAUUCGAUUGUCAACACUGAAUGAGGCUACAAUAGAUAUUUUAUUUACAAAAGUUAAAGAAACCAAUGCAGUCCACAUAAACAUCGGCGCUGGUUCUUACCUCGAAGUAACAUUACCAUGGAUUGUGCUUCAAGAUGGGUAUACAACAAAAAUAACUGGCCAGUUGCUACAUUUAGAAGCCACCACAAGUCUUCAGUAUAGAAGUUUAGCAGAGAGUGAAACAUUGGAAUACACAGUAAAAUGCCACUAUCCGCUGGUGUGGAACCAUCAUCAGUGUUGGCAACUGUCUCUGACAGGAUGCAAAGCUACAGCACACUUUGUAUAUACUCACAUAAAUUUUUUUCAAGAUCUUACAAACGAUUGGGCUAGUAAGGCGCGUCCCGACAUCCUUCAUUUCGUACCAUAUACAUGGAAAAUAUCAUUGCUUUUAAAAGAGUGUGAAGUCGUAACAGUUAGCAAUCAGUACAAUUGGAUUGACUGCAGCUCAACUAACCAAGAAAACAAUCAUGUAGCUUUUUGCGGUGACUUACUUGAUGUGUCUUUUGAUUUGCCUUUUAUUGAUUUCUUGCCAGAUGUCAUUCCUCUCAAAAUUUGGGUACAAGGUGAGGCUGUUGAUAUGAGUCUGUACUUACCAGAGGUCAACAUUUCUAGAUUGCUUCUUUUGUCAAUUGAUAAAAAUAUGAAGCUUGUUCCCUGCAGACUGAAAUCGUCAAAAUGGCGAAGAAAAUGUGUGAAAACCCAAGGUUGGGUAGACUGUUGGUCUGUUCCAAUAGUAGCUCUAAGUGUGAGGUAUAACUACCAUCCUAUACCACCUCUAGGACCAGAACCACAAGCGGACAUUACCACUCCAGAAAAGGAAGAAAUUUUACUCUCUCCAAUGAGAAUACCAAGAAUUAGAAAACAGCCACAAAUGAAUUGGGGCAUAGAUGGCAACAAUUUCGACCGAACCACCCUUGCCCCUGAUAAAGUUAGCGUGGAACUUGAGGUGGGACCUUCUAUUCUUCUCGCUUAUGGGACUAUUAUUACUAGUUUUAUAAAUCUGUUAGAAAAUAUAUUUGGUGAAGAUCAAAUAUUUACUGAUAUGCAGAAGAACCCUAAUGUCGAGACGUAUUUUUGGUCAAGUGAGAGCAAUCCAACUAAACUAAAUGAUAGAAGUAGUAUCAAUCAGCAUACUGAAAUUUCCAUUGAUGACUCAACUGAUUCUAGUAAGGGGCCUUUUGAUCCACGUCGUUGUCGGCCUUUAGAUGUGAAUGUAUCCAUCAUUAUCCACGACAUUCAGGCACAUUUAGUUAAAAAUUGCAGUGAAAAUGAGCCUCCCUGCCCUGUAAUACUAAUUGAAAGAUUUGGUUUCGAAAUGGACAAGGGCUUUAGGGAUACUAAACUUCAACUUCUUUUAAGUCCAUCGAUAUUAGUGUCUUCAAAUAGUCCAUCUCGGUCAAAUUCAAAUGGUGUGAAUACUUCAAGUACUCUUCAACAAGGCCACUUAAUGCUGUCAUCAUUUCAACUAAGAGGUAAUGGUUUCUUCAGCGACACUAAUCGAUCAGUCGAAGAAGAAACAAUAGAGUAUGCCUGGAUGAUGGAACUUCAAUUAGGUCAAUUGACAGGUCGUUUAACUUUACCUCAAUUGUAUCAAAUAAUAUCAUCAUUAGAAACGUUUUUACUUCUUAUAUGUGACAAUGAAAAUGAACUGACACCGCCAAACACGACUAAACAAUGUCAUCAUGGACUUAACAAUGUUCUAUGCCCUGAAACAGACCUUACCUUAAAAUACCGAUGUCCUACGCCUAAUGAAAUUAAAUAUCGAAUGAUUCGUGUGGCCAUCGAUCUUAUCGAUUUGUAUAUUGCGGAUACAAAUACAACGUUGCAGUCGUGGAUAUCGCCGAUAAGAUUAUCGUUUUGUAAUUUGCAUGGGUCUGGAUUUGGAACAGGAAUAACUGGAUUGUUGCCAAAUAUCAAACUCGCUCUCUAUACGCAAACUAACAUGCAAACAAAUACUCAUCAUCAUUCUAGUGGAAGUAAUGGAAGUCAAAAUAAAGUACCUGACACUGAUAAUUGGGUUGGUGUGGGCUCGAUGUCCUUAGGUCCGCUGCUCUUAGAAGCAGCAUCCUCAUUACCACAAAGUCCAAAAAAUUUGCAUCUAGUACAGCAGAAAUUUUUGAAGUUACAUGACGAGAAAUUUAAAAGAUUAUGGUUUCUGUGGCCAAACGAAGGCAAAGGCACACAGUGCGGUUGCACAGGUGGAUGCGCAUUCUUUGGUUCUAAUCGAAAUGGAGCAAACUUUUUAAAACCGAGUCCCUCAGAUUUACACGAGGGUAUUAAUAUAGCAAUAUUCAAUGUAAUAGAAACCUCUCCUGGUGAAUAUGGUUACGGCCAAAGUUUACUUCAUUCUGGACAAUUGGUCUUCCAUACUCCACCGUAUAAUAGUUUGAAUGUCUGCUUGCAACCGACAAAUGUAUCUACUUUGACACCCUCUCCUCUACCACAAAACCUUAGUAAAUCUCCACAAAGUGUCGAAAGGAAAAGUCUGACAAGAAGAUUUUCUUACACAAGUAUGAGUAAGGGAAGUAACAAUGUUUUAGUAUCUAGUACUAAAAGUGACGUUCCUUACGCCCGUCUAGUAGACUCGUCCAUUCCGCUUGGCAGUUCAAAAAUUGAUAGCGAUUCCAAACUAAACAAAACCAUUUUAAAUAUACCCCAAAUGGAAAGUAGCGUAUCUGAUUCCAAACUGGCUCUUAGUUGUGGUAUCAAAGAUGCUACGAAUAUAAACGUUAAAAAACCGAUACCGCCUGAAAAUGAACAGUUUGUCGCGCCCAAAGUACCGCCGAGAAGCGUUGCGGUGUCAGAUUCUCAUUACUCGUUGAAUUCUCAACCGCCACUAGAAGAAGCUGUAAUACAUGAAGUUCAGCGCACUAUUUCCAUAACGAGUGAAAACCAUUCGGAAGCAUUCUUUUCGGCUGAUGAAGACAUGUUUCCAAGUCGGUCAUCAAGUUUGAAGCACUCCUUCGGCAGCCGUCGCAGCAAUCCCAAAGAACCACCUUCAUAUGCAAUGGGUGACGGUAAUAACGAAAAAUGGUUAAAUGUUGUACCAAGAUCGGAGGUAAUUGAUGCACCCGAUACAAUAAGCAAUCUAAGUGUCGGUGCCCAGCCCGACUCUGAGAGCGGCUCAGUGUCAUCCACUUCAUUUAUAUCUGCUAUUUCUUCUCAAGAAGAUAUGACUCUUGUAAACCUUCAUAUGCAGACCAAUAAACCAAUAGUAGACUCUCCAUUGCUUAUGUCUAGUUAUAUUAAUAAUUUACCACAAUACAAAUGCUGCAAUUGGUCAACUUGCUCUCUACCAACUGGUAGUGACGUGUUUACGUUACCUCUAUUUAGAAGAGCUGAUGAUGGAUCUUUGGUAUAUGUCGGACAAAAAUAUUUGCCAUCUUUCGAACCUUCUGGAAAAGUACAAACUCUAAAAUUGAUUUCAAAGAAAGAUGGUCACUCUGGUCAAAAUCAGCAUGGCCCUUACUCAAACCUUACCCCACAUUUCAAUUCACAAAUCAAAGCUCAUCCAUAUCCACAAGCGUGGUGGGACUUGCAGCAGAAUGUGCAAGACAAUCAAGAGAAUACUACAGACAAGAGUUCGACUUCUACUGUCACAACGACCAGCGAUACCAAGAAUGGUUUAUUCGUGAAGCUACGUGGUGAAAUUGAUGUAAUGCUGACGCCACUUGUUUUAGAAAGCACCCAAAAGUUUGUAGAGUCCUUAACUCCAGUAUUAGCCAACAUUCAUCCUAUAACCGUGAUUAACCAUUUGCGUUUACUCUGUAUAUCAUCAGUCCAGUCUGCGAACAUAUUAAAACAAAAGCAGUAUGUAUUGAACUGGUUGCCCCAGAUGCAAGCUCGUAACGAAUCGAGCAUCAUCAUUGAAAAAGAUGAUAAGUGCAAGCUUGCUACAAUACCUCAUUCGAAUAUAUAUGAAGAAACAAUUUGUGAUCAACUCCAGGCCACUGUUAAUGUGCCUAAAGUAAAUAUAGUGUUUAUUCAAUCAUCUGUCGUGGAAGAUAUGAUUUCGUUUUCUGCCCUGGACAAUAUUCAAGACUUGACCUGUGUGUCUUUGUUUGGAGUUUCUGUGGAAAAUAUCGUAGCCAAAUACACGAGCUCUAAAAAAACUUUGGAAUCAGUACAACUUUAUUACCGUCCCACUCUUCGAGCUUUAGGUAGUAAAAAAUCAUUUGGAAUCAUGAAGGGUCCUCGGGCGCUGAUAUCAGCUCAGUCUUCCGCAUCAGGUCGAAAACGAGGACCUGAAAAAGGAGAGCCAGUAUACAUAGAAGCGGCACAACAGCAGUGUGAAGAUACGACAAUCGUCUUAAAUAUUGGAAAAGUUCACGGGCAAUUAAGAAGGAUACGUAAUGAGUCCUCUCAAUUAAAGGAUGCUACCAUAACUGGUAUUCCUUGUCAACAUUCCAAAGUCUCGUUCAAAUUUAUAAGAACUGACCCUUGUCCCAAAGGAUGUGACACUAUGGGUUGUCAAAAUGGAACUACAGAGGGACAGAAAGAGAACAGCAUUGGAUACAUUAUGUUUGAAUGUGGUAUCGAAGGUGUGUCUAUUAAAGUAUCUAAACAUUCCCAAUCACACAAACCGAAUGAUGAAAAGAAACCCAUACGCCCCGAUAGCGAAAGUUGUAGGGAGUCGGUAAAGUCAGCUGAAGAACUGAAACCUGAUAAGGAAAAAACAAAAGGCAUAAGGACUUCGGGUAUCGAAGAUCUGUUUAGGAAGAGGGAAUCUACUUCUAAACCAAGUACGCCCAAUCUAGGUAGUGCUCAGCCCCCGCCUGUGCCUCCAGAACCUACUACCCCUGGACCAGAUGAGCCUUCAAAUGAUAGCACUGCGACUGUAGUGCCCGUGAAAGAUACCGGAAACACGUCAUCAUGUUCAAUUGACUUGAAAGUUGUUUGGUUCAAUUUCGCUGCGCCUCCUCGGACACCUAUUACAAAGAAAAUCGAUUAUACCAGACUGGACUGGAACCUGCUGAGCACGGCGUCGCCCGCCAUCAACGCGUGGAUGAACCCGUGCAACCGGCUGGGCAUCCGCGUGGUGGCGCUGUACCGCGCGCGUGCGCGCCGCCUCGCCGCCACCGCCGCCAGCCUCAUGGCCUCCGCACUGGAUAGAGCACCUACUCACUCUUUACCGAAGAGUCGCUACGGGCGGCACACGCCCAUGGCCAAGCAGCUGCGCGAGGAGCCGUCGCUGCAGCUGUGCGCCGUGCUGCUGCGCUACGCGCUGCAGGCCGACGCCGCCGCCGUGCAGGCGGACCUCGCCGAGAGGCAUCUGCCUUCGCUCUCUACGCUCAGACAGGGCGUUAUCGUGCUAACUCGACAAUGGAAAAACAUUCUCUACACUCCCCUACUAUUGGAGCACAACUAUAAGAGCAAAGUUAUGAAGCCUCUUAAUGUGACUUUCGCUUUGCCAGAUCUACUAGAGCAGGACUCAGUGGAGGGAUGGCAAGAAUAUCAGUUCGAUAACGAAGCGCUCGAUGAGAACUGCCUCCUUUUAAACAUGGACGUUGACAAACUAAACACAACAACUACAAUACCGACAAACGAGGCGACUGUGACGUCGCGGCCGCACUCGUACCCGUCGACGCCGCCGUCCGUGAGAGCCGCGCAGAACAGUCGCGCGAGCCUCGUGUUCCCUUCGCUACCCUUCUCAACCAGGAAGACUCCUUUCCAGGACGAUGCCACUGCUAAUUACGGCACGCUGAAGGAGGACCUGCCCACGGUGGGCUCCAACCCGUCGCUGUACUCGCAGAGCAGCGACCACCUGCCCAGCGAGCGCGCGCGCGAGGACCUCUACCAGUGGAUGGCCAAGCAGGAGCCCAUGAAGAUGGAGGCCAAGAGCAAGAAGCCGCUGAUCCCGGCGGCCAAGGCCAACCCGCUGGCUGCGUGCAGCCUGUACCCGCUGCAGGGCUCGCUGAUGCUGCUGGACGCGCACCUCGUGUUCCAGCCGCUGCUGGCGGCGCUGGGCGUGUCGCCGCACCAGGUCGCGCACGGUGAAUCGAAAGUGAAAGGAGUGGGAGCAGAAGCGGGGUCCGGGCUGGAGUCGCUGGGCUCCAAGCUGUCGCUGCUGGCGUGGGUGGACACCUUCCGCAUCGACAUCGUGGUGGGCGAGCUGGCGCGCGACCGCCGGCACCAGCCUGGCAAGGGCAAACCGAACUCCCAUGCGGAUAUCCCGUCGGAGACGCCGGCGUUCCUCUGUGAGAAGGUGUCCAUCGACGUGGACCUGAAGAAGGUGGCGGACAUGGCGGUGGACGACCUCAUCCAGCGCCAGAACGUGCUGUACAUCUCGCGAGGGCAGCUCAAGAAGCACAUCAGCACUAUGCUCAACUUUAAUAUAAGCAUUCGGUUCAUUUCGCAACAGGUGAACAUGCCGUUGCUGCGGCUGCUGCAUCAGAUCAGCAACAUGUACCAGAACGUGAAGGACACGCAGAGCGAGCUGCGCACGCAGACCAGCUCCUCGCGCCGCCACAACAAACAUCCUUCCGAGUGCGAGUUCCGCGAGACGGUGGCGAGCAUGUCGUCGCUGGCGGCGGACAGCGCGUACGCGGCGCUGGCGGCGCUGGAGCCCCGCGGGCAGCCGCCGCCGCCCGCGCCGCGCCCGCGCCCGCAGUCCUUCGCGCAGAAGCUGCGCUCCACCGGCAAGACCGUCAAGGGGAAGCUGGGCUACAGCUCGCUGAACGAGGGCGCGCACACGCCGAUGUUCAGCGCGGCGGGCGCUGCGGCCGCGGCGGGCGCGGCGCCGGCCGAGGAGGCGCCGGCGCUGGCGCCGCGCUGCUGGCGCACCGUGUACCUGCUGCUCGACCUCUACGCCAACAUGCCCGACGCCGACACCAUCACGCACAGGUUCUCCGUGUCGACGGAGCUGCCGGAGGCGUACCGCGGGCGCGCGCGGCCCAGCUCCCGCGAGCAGAACGCCAGCAACUCCUCCUCCAGCAACGCCGGCAUGGGCAUCGUCGUCGUGGGAGUCGCCAGGAUCCACCGCACGCGGCUGCUGGCGUCGCUGUCGGGGCUGAAGCUGGAGGCGGAGAUCACGUCGCUGCAGGCGUCGCUGUCGGCGUCGCGCGCGCGCCAGUGGGCGCUGGGCGGCAACCUCGGCCGCACCGCCAUCGUGCUGCUCGAGGGCGCCGCGCCCAACCACCAGACGGUGGUGCGCGUGAGCGUGGGCAAGUCGCAGGCGCUGUACUCGUGGGAGCCGGGCCGCGCGGGCGCCACGGCGCUGGCGGCCGUGGGCGGCGUGCGCGUGGACCUGCCGCAGCACCCCGUGGCGCUGCACGGCGUCAUGACGCGCUCCAGCCGGCAGCUCUCCUCCACGCUCCAGGAACUGGGUGUGACGCGGACGUCGUCGCGGCUGUCGCGCGGCGGCGGGCUGGGCGCCGCGGAGGAGGAGGAGGGCAGCCCGCCGCCCGCGCCGCGCCCGCCGCCCGCGCCGCCGCGCCCCGACCCGCUGCUGCAGCCGCUGCACCUGCAGUUCUCCAUCGUGCUGCAGAGCCUGAGCGUGACGGCGGCGCUGCUGCCGUCGCUGCAGGCGCAGUACAAGAUGGAGCGCGUGCACAGCGCCGGCGUGACGGCGGCGCGCGCGCACUUCACCGUGGACCUGCCGCACCACUCGCUCAGCUUCGUCACCAAGCUGCAGGUAACGGAGGCCAACAUCCCAGCGGCGGCGUCGGUGGCGCUCCCCGCCGUGUCGUGCCGCGCGCGCGUGCUCGACUGCGAGCCCUCCCGCGCGCCCGACGCGGCCCGCGACCACGGCGACCACGACCACCGCGACCACGACCACCGCCGCGACCACGACCACGACUCUGACCCCGACGCUGCCAGGGCGGAGCCGGAGGGCGUGGUGCUGCGCGCGGGGCGCUACCUGUCCGCCACGGCCGACAUCGGCCUGUUCGAGCACACGCUGUCCACCGACCUGCUCAACCAUCUCGUCUUCGUGCAGAAAGUAUUCAUGAAGGAGGUUAAUGAGGUAGUACAAAAAGUGUAUGGCGGUGAAAAACCAGUGCCGCUGUGGAACGAAGAAGAGCUGUCGUCGUCGGCAUUUAAUAGAAUACUUUUCUCUCUACUUAUAAGAAUCAAACGCAUCCAGCUGACGGCGACGACGCCCAGCAACUCGGCGGUGCGGCUGGAGACGGGCGCCGUGGAGCUGGAGCUGAGCAACCGCGUGCAGAACGUGCCGCAGCCCGCGGGCCCGCACGGCCUGCGCCUGUUCGCGCGCGCGCAGGUGGACCUCAACCUCAGCCUGGGCCAGCUGCUGCGCAACGCCAUGUUCGAGGAGGCCGAGCCCGAGUUCCAGCAGUACGCCUUCUUCAACACGCGCAUAUCUAUGCGCAACGCAUUCCAAGACGAAAUCGUAUGCGAGGAGGACAAGGAGGUGGUGCUGAUCACGUUGAAGCGGCCGCUCAUAUACAUACAGCCCGUGGCCGUCGACAAGGCGAUACUCGUGUGGCUCAACUACAAGAACGCGUACGAAUACUGGAACGAGAAGAGGAUGAGUCUGAACAAGGAGGUGCUAACUGCUACACAACAGGUCUUUGAAAAGGUACAAUUGACGUCGAACAUAACGACUCCACACCUGAGCACUCUAUUCUUACAAUUGAACGUAGACGAUAUUGGCAUCUGUUUGCCACUAAAUCAACCACCUUUGACGUCGUGGACGCUGGCGCGUGGCGGGCUGGAGGCGGAGUCGCGCGGCGCCGUGGUGGUGACGCUGGAGAGCACCAGCAUCUCGGCGUGCAGCUCGGGCGCGCUGGUCAGCAAGGGCCGCUUCGUGGGGCUGUGCCUGCGCUUCGCGGACGACUUCGAGGCCUCGCUGGACGACUGGAAGCCGCCCGCGCGCGCCGCCGUCAACGUCUGCUGCGUCUCCGAGGGCACCUACGAGGUGUGCAGCCGCACCACCGCCGCCAAGCAUCGCGAAAAUGCAAAAUGGUUCCUCAACGUAUCCUGGCAAAUGGAAGGCGUGGACAUUCACUUGGACGUGAACGUCGGCAAGCAGCUGUCCGCUCUGGGGCACACGUUGACCAUGCUUACAGGAUUUGAAGAAGAAGAUCCCCUUAAAAUGGACUGUGAAAGCGAUUUAGAUGACGAAGCCGAUAAUAGCAGGGAUUCACAGGAGAGCAUAGUGUUCCGGCGCAAGUACACGGACCACCUGCCGCCGUUCGUGUUCGACAGCAGCAUCGACGCCAAGCAGCGCUCCAAGCUCAUCGAGAAGGAGAUGACGGAGCAGGCCAAGAUCAUCAACGACCUGCGCGCGCUCGGCGCCAGCCACAGCACCGUGGAGUACGAGCUGCGCCGCCUGCACGACCUCGAGGCGCUCGUCUUCAAGGACUUCCGCAGAGACAUGAUCCAGAAGCUGCGCCGGCAGAGCGUGCGCGCCAGCUCCAUCACAAAGGGCAAGCUGGGGCUCGGCUCCAACCGCUCGCACUCCUUCGUGUCGCCGCCCGCGCACCAGGACCUGGACCAGUACAGCGCGUACAGCGGGUACAGCGCGGGCUCGCCGCCGGGGUCGCUGGCGGGCGCGCGCGAGGCGGGCGCGUCGGGCGAGGCGCUGCUGCUGGCCGACGACGACGCGCGCCUCGCCGACAUCAUCGAGGGCGCCUCCUGGAGCUCCGCCGACAGCGACCCGCUCACCGUGACGGGGUGCGGCGGCGGUGCGGGCGCGGGCGCGGGCCCGUCGCGGUCGGCGUCGCUGCGCGGCGCGCGCGAGGCGGGCGAGGCGCGCGCGCGCGUCAGCUUCCAGGGCGGCGUGCAGCGCCAGAGCUCGCUGCCCGCGCCCUGGCCGCCCACGCUGCGCGCCGACCGCGACGACCGGGACCACGGGUCGCCGCCCGAGCCGCCCGCGCCCAGCCCGCCGGAGAGCAAGCAGAGCAAGGCGAAGACUGCGGAGCCCAACAUCGACUUCGAGCUGGACGUCAAAGUGCACAUCAACAGCGGCAAGUGCGUGCUGCACACCAAGGACCCCGGCAGCCAGGAGGAUAUGAAGAUGGGUGGGGGCGGGGGCCUGGGCGGGCGCGGCGAGGGCCGGCCGCGCGUGGGGCGCUCGGCGUCGGGCGGGCUGGACGCGCGGCGCGCGCGCCUGCCGCCGCCGCCCGACCUCACCGUGUUCCAGGUGCCCGGCCUGCAGCUCAAGGUGCGCUACGAAUCCAAGACUUUGCCAGAAGAAUCGGUUUCCCCACAAACAAUCCUAAACAUACCACUUAAUCCCGCACGUAAAGUGGGGACCAAGAAAGCGGCUCUCUUCGCCUGGAUCACGCUGCAGAGUAUACCUGAGGAGACCAUCAUCAGCCCACACAUCCUGGAGUUUCUUGAACAGACAUUGGAGCCUAUACCCACGAAAAUCUCCUUCUCAGCGCCUACCCCUGAUUCGGAGACGGGGUCUCGCAGCCGCAGCAGCACGGGCGAGGGCGCGGCGGGCGCUGCGGGCGGCGCGGCGGGGGCGGGGGCGGGCGGCGCGGCGGGGGCGGGCGGCGCGGAGGGCGGCGACGCGUCGUACGGGCAGUACGUGUACGCGUCGUUCCCGGUGGACGUGAUCGUGCACUUCCACACGCGGCCGUCCGCCUUCCGCUUCAGCUGCCUGCCGGCGUCGCGCGUGGAGUGCCUGCUGCAGCUGCCCAGCCUGCAGAUCGUCUUUAGCUCCAAGCGCGCUACUGAUGAAGAAAUGGCAGAACCAGCAAUUGCCAUGGGCGGACUCAGCGUGACGGGGUGCUUGGCGGACUUCUCCGUGUACAUCUUCCACCCCUACGGCGGCAAGAAAUCCAGCCUGAAGGAGGCGCAGUGGUCGCCGCUCGCAGACACCGAGAGGAAAGACUCAUUGUCCAUCAACGUGGAAUUUGUCAAGUUCCACCUCUCGAGGUUCAGGAAGUUGGACUUCCAAAGUGAUCAAGAUCAGUCUAAGGCCACCGUUCGAUUUUCUACGAUCGUGGACGUGGGGUCGGCGUGGUUCAAGUACGACAUGCGGCGCCUCAGCGAGAUCCUGGCGUUCCCGCGCGCCUGGUACCGCCGCAGCAUCGUGCGCCGCCUGUUCCUGGGCGACGUCAGCCUGCACCCCCACAACCACCCCCAUCCCCACCCCCAUCAAUCGCAGCGCGACUCGGGAUCGCACUUCUCAUCGGGCAACAACGUGCCAGUGUCGCCGGUGCUGCCACAACGAGAGAAAACUAAGACUGCUGAACAACAGAAACCUAAAGAGAGCAAGGCGGGCGGCGCGGCGUGGGAGACGCUCGUGCUGUUCGCCGUCAACUUCGAGCGCCUCAACAUGCACAUGAACAUGGGCAACGUCAUGGGCAAUGUCAGCUGGCAGUCGCGGUCGCUGGGCGCGUGGGGGCGGCUGAGCAUCGGCAGCGCGCGGCGGCGGCAGGUGGCGGGGCGCGUGGCGCUGGGCGGCGCGGCGCUGGAGGCGCGCGGCGGCAUCGUGGGCGGCGCCAUCGCGCUGGGCGGCGCGCGCCUGCACGCGCUGCUGCAGCAGGACCCGCCCGCCCACGUGGCGGCCGCGCGCCUCGCCGCGCUCGAGCUGCGCCUGGACUACAUGGGCGCGCCCGCGCUGCUCGCGCGCCUCAGCCGCCCCAACGCCGUGCUGCGCGACCGCUGGCACCACCCGCCCAAACCCACGUCCGCAUCCACUUCCAACCGGCCGGCCACCAUCCUGGCGCACGGCACGCUGAGCUGGCAGCAGCUGCAGAUCCUGAUGUCGCGCAGCACCACGCCCGACCUGCUCAAGAUGCAGCUCAAGCUCGAGGAGUUCUUCUCGCACCAGUUCAAGUCCGGCAAGCGCGUGUUCUCCUCGCUGCACUCGCACCACAACGGGCAGGGAUACUCCCACCGGGCGAAAGAUAAGAAAGACCAAGCGUCCGCGUCCGCGCCGAGCGAGGCGCCGGCGCCGGAGCUGCGCCACCACCGGCACUGGCAGCGCGUGCUGCGCCUCGUGGCCGCCGCGCCGCCGCUCUCCCGGCAGCCGCACGGCGGCACAGUCCUAGGAGGUACUCUGGAGCUGCAAGGCUCCAACAUCUCGCUGGCGUGCUUCCACGGCAACAGUCUGAAGGCGAAGUCCUGGGCGCUGUUCAGCCUCAAGGAUCCCUGCAUCAGCUUUGCUACUGAGGCACAGCAGAUUGAAAAUGAAGAAGACAACCCCGAGGUGCACGCGGUGCAGACGCUGACGGCGAGCCUGGGCGGCGCGGCGGGGGCGGGGGCGGGCGCGGGGGCGGGCGCGGGGGCGGGCGGCGCCGCGCACCAGUCGCUGGCCACGGUGUGUCGCAUGACGCGCACCGUGCUCUUCCCGCCGCAGUUCAAGACGCUGCACGAGUGGUUCCAGUACGCCUUCGCCGACAGCGAGAUAGAUGCCAUCGACCAGUUCCCGUCCCUGGAGCGCGAGAACACGGGCACCACGGGCAGCACGGGCAGCGCGGGGGCGGGCGGCGCGGCGGGCGGCGCGGGGGCGGGCGGCGCCGGCAAGGCGGGCGGCGGGCACGCGCGCGAGGUCAUCUUCGCGCUGCCCGCCCUGCAGCUGCACCUGCGCACCAGCCACCACCAGCGGAAACAUCCGCCUACUGAGAAUGAUGAGAAACCGAUAGUGGAGUGCAGCUUUAUAACAGAGUUCGAGGACCACAUCUUCGUGUCGGUGGACGCUGAGGCGUUCCUGUUCCUGCACGAUCUGAUCUCCUCCUAUAUCAAGGAAAAAGAACGAUUUAUGCCGGGGCGCGCGAGCGCGGGCGCGGCGAGCGAGCCGCCGGCGCCGCCGCCGCAGGACUACCGCGACUACCGCUGCCUCACCUGGCACCUCGAGCCCACCGUCAGACUGCUCUCGUGGGCGGGCAAGUCCAUCGAGCCGUACGGCGUGGACUACAUCCUGCAGAAGCUGGGCUUCAGCCACGCGCGCACCACCAUCCCCAAGUGGCUGCAGCGCGGCACCCUCGACCCCGUGGACCGCCUGCUGGCGCUCGUGCUGCUGCGCCUCGUCACCCUCGUGCCGCACAAG